AUGUCCAAUCCAACUGCAGAUGAGAGUUCUCAAGCAUUAAAAUUUAAAGAUGAAGGUAAUGCUUAUGUCAAGAAACAGGAUUUUUCAAAUGCUGUAGAAUCAUAUUCAAAGGCUAUUGAACUAGAUACUACAGUAUCUAUUUUUUACUCUAACAGAGCGUUCGCUGAGUUGAAAUUGGAUAAUUUCCAAACAUGUAUGACCGAUUGUACUGAGGCCAUCAAAUUGGAUCCAAAAAAUGUGAAAGCGUAUCAUAGACGUGGGUUGUCGUACGUUGGUCUAUUGGAGUUCAGAAAGGCAAAGAAGGACUUGGAUUUAGUAUUAAAGGCCAAGCCAGGUGAUGCUACUGCCACCAACGCCUUGAAUAUUUGUGAAAAAUUUAUUAGAGAAGAAAGAUUUAGAAAAGCCAUCGGUGGUGGUGCCGAUGAUGAAUCAAAGCACAAGAUAUGUCAACUUGUUGCAUUGGAUUCUUUUGAUGCUAAUGCUGACUUACAAAGUUACGAGGGACCUAAACUAGAAUUCGAACAAUUGACUAAUGAAAAGAAUGAAAACUGUGGUAUUGACAUUAAAAACAUGUCACAAGAGUUUAUUUCCAAGAUGGUAAAUGAACUAUUUUUGGAAGGUAAGACUUUACCAAAGAAGUAUGCUGCAGCAAUCAUUUCCCAUGCAGAAAGAUUAUUUCGUAAUGAACCAACAUUAAUUGAAUUAGAAAAUGAAAAAUCAAACAAGAAUGUUAAGAUAUCUAUAUGUGGUGAUACACACGGUCAAUUUUAUGAUGUGCUUAAUAUCUUUAAGAAAUACGGUAAAGUAGGACCUGAUCAUACAUAUUUGUUCAACGGUGAUUUUGUAGAUCGUGGUUCUUGGUCCUGUGAAGUCGCUCUAUUGUACUAUUCUCUUAAGAUUUUAUUCCCAACUUCUUUCUAUUUAAACAGAGGUAACCAUGAAACUGAAAAUAUGAAUAAAAUGUAUGGGUUUGAAGAUGAAUGUAAAUACAAAUAUUCAACCAAAAUAUUCGAAAUGUUUUCACAAAGUUUCGAGACUUUACCGUUGGCUACGAUUGUGAACAAAAAUUAUAUUAUCAUGCAUGGUGGUUUACCAAGUGAUCCAACUUCAACAAUCGACGACAUAAGGAAGAUUGAUAGAUUUACACAACCACCAAGAGAAGGUCUGUUCAUGGAAUUAUUAUGGUCGGAUCCACAGGCUGCCGAUGGGUUGGGUCCAUCUCAAAGAGGUCUCGGUUUCUCUUUUGGCCCAGAUAUCACUGCUAAAUACUUGGAGAGAAAUAAUCUUCGUAAAGUGUUUAGAUCCCAUGAAGUCAGAAUGGGUGGUAUAUUCUUCGAACAUAAUAAAAAGCUUGCCACUGUCUUCAGUGCUCCUAAUUAUUGUGAUUCUCAAAAUAAUAAAGGUGCCAUUAUCCAUGUUGUGCCUGGUAAGGGUAAAGCCGGUGAAUACAACAACGAUGACGAAGAUUUGUUGAUCGAGAUAUUCGAGGCUGUAAAACAUCCUGAUAUUAAACCAAUGGCAUAUUCCAAUGGUGGUAUGGGAUUUUAA